AUGAGUGACGAAGACAGAGAUAUUGACAUCGAAAGUGAUGCCGACGAUGAGGAAGGCCCUCAUGCAUACAGCUCUGAUGACAAAAGAGCACAUCACAAUGCCCUGGAGCGAAAGCGUCGCGAUCACAUCAAGGAUAGCUUUCACAGCCUGCGGGAUUGUGUUCCCCAUGAUGAUAAGUCAAACACAUCAAGCAAGACUUCUCGAGCACAGAUCUUGAGGCAAGCUGCACUUUAUAUUGCUACAAUGAGAGAUAAGACUACAGAGAAUGAUCGGCAUAUAAAUAUUCUCAAACAUCAAAAUGAGGAACUGCAAGCUCAGAUCAAGGCACUUCAGAAGUCUCAGGCAGUUGGGAAAUCCUUGUUGCCCGCCAAUUUUUUGUUGACCGACAGAGAUGAUGAUGAUGAAUAUGAGAGCUACGAGGAAAGCCAUGUGUCUUCACCACCAUCUAAACGUAAGAAAGCCAAGUUAUCAAAAAGCUGA